AUGUCUGACGUUCAGAAGCCUGUUGAGGAGACCCCCGCGGCCGUUCCCGCUGUUGAGACUGCUGUUGAGGCUCCCGCUGCCACCGAGACUACUGAGGCUCCCCAGGAGACCACCGAGGCUGCUCCCGUCGUUGAGGAGGCUGCCACCGAGACUGCUGAGGCUCCCAAGGAGGAUGUGAAGGAGGAGGUCAAGCCCGCUAGCGAGGGCAUUCUCGGCCACAAGGGCCCUGGUCUGGUCAAGGGUCUGCGUUUCGCCAAGCGUUUCUUCUACUUCAACGAGGAGCCUGUUGAGGCUAAGCAGCUCUCUGUCUUCCACCAGAACGAGAAGCCCGCCGUCGCCAACCCCAUUGCCGCCUGGGCCAGCCAGACCAGCACUGGUCUGCUGUUCCUGACCAAGCGCGCCGAGGACAAGGCCACCCCCGCUGGCAUCUUCAACUUGGCCGAUAUCACUGAUGUCACCAAGGAGGGCUCCAACGAGUUCAUCUUCAAGGUCGGUAGCCAGAAGCACACUUUCCAGGCCUCCAACUCCACCGAGCGUGACAGCUGGUUCGUCGCCAUUGAGGCUAAGUCCGCCGAGGCCAAGGCCCAGAAGGAGACCAUCACCUCCAGCGAGGGUUACAAGGCCGAGCUUGAGAAGCUGACCAAGCCCGCUGUUGUCGUCGCCCCUGUCGCCAAGAAGACCGAGGAGACUCCCGCCAAGGAGGACAAGCCUGAGGAGGCCGAGGCCAAGACUGAGGCUAAGGAGGAGAAGCCCAAGGAGGCUGCCAAGAGCCGCUCCCAGUCCCGCAAGCGCGCCAGCAUUUUCGGUGCCAUUCUCGGCAAGAAGGAGGCUGAGGAGAAGAAGCCCGAGCAGGCCAAGGAGGAGGCUACUGAGGAGACCAAGGCCGCUGAGCCCGCUGCUGAGACUGCUACUGAGACCGCUGCCGAGCCUGCUGCUGAGGUCGCCGCCGCCGAGACCACCGAGGCCCCUGCUGCUGAGACCGCUGCCGUUGCUGCUCCCGCUGAGACCGCCGAGGAGAAGCCCGAGGAGAAGAAGGAGGAGAAGAAGGCCAAGCGUGCCUCUAUCUUCGGUAACUUCUUCCAGAAGGUUACCAGCCCUGCUCACGAGAAGUCUGAGAAGGAGGCCACCGCUCCCGCCCCCGUCGAGGAGACCGCUGUUGCCAGCGCUGCUCCCCAGCUUGACAACCCCGUUGAGGAGGCUGCUGUCGAGCCCAUUGAGGCCGAGACUGUGACUGCCGCCGCCGAUGGUGAGGCCGUCAAGGAGACCGCUGAGACUCCUGCUGAGGCCGCUACCCCCAAGGAUAAGCGCCGCACUUCUUUCUUCGGUGCCUUCGGCAAGAAGGAGAAGAAGGACGCCUCCGACAACGAGGCCACCACUGAUGGCGAGAAGGAGACCAAGAAGGCCAACAAGCUUGGUGGUCUUUUCCGCAAGCCCUCCAAGGCUGUGAAGCUCGACAAGGAGGAGGUUGCCGCCGAGACCGACGCUAAGGCUGAGGAGGCUGUUGCCACUGAGGCCCCUGUCGUUGAGGAGGCCGCUGCCCCCGUCGAGGAGGUCGUCAAGGCCCCCGAGACUGCCGCCACUGAGGAGCCCAAGAACGUUGAGGUUCCUGCCUCCACUCCUGUCCAGGCUGCUGCUUGA